AUGCACUGUGUGAAAGCUCGCAGCAGAGUAAAGGGAAACGAAGUAGAUACGUUGGGCGACAAGCCGUGGCCGGCGCUGCUGCCGCGCUCGCUGGGCCCCGCGGUUGGCGGCGUGGGCGUCGGGGUGGCGGUGGGGGUGGGCGGCACACCCCGCAGGCCCCGCAGCGAGAAGCGGCCCAUCCCGGACGACCAGAAGGACGAGAAAUACUUCGAGCGCCGCAAGAGGAACAACCAGGCCGCCAAGAAGUCGCGUGACGCGCGCAAGGUCCGCGAGGACCAGAUAGCUCUGAGGGCGGCGAUGCUGGAACACGAGAACGCGGUGCUUCGUGCGCAGUUGGUGACCCUGCGGGAAGAGGCGCACAGUUUGCGACACCUGUUGGCAGCAGCGAGCGCUCCCGGAAUCCUGAGCCGCGCUCGUCCGUCCCUGCGCAAGCGGCAGCUCCUGCACAUCGUCACGGCUUUGACGCCGAGGGAACAUUUGACGGGCAGCGCAGCGAAAUCUACCUCGCGUCUGGCUGCUCGUUGCCCUCUACCCGCACUGCAGCGGAAAGCAGUGGAUCACUACAGUACCUGCAAUCUGUGACCCCGGUGUUGUCCUUGUUCGCCUUGCGGCUGUAAGUCCCGAAAGUGUCUGGCGUUUAGCGUACGGCGCACAACUGACAGCCGAACAUUGCCAAGAACAGCGUUAUUACUGACAAUCCUCAUUCCUACGAAUAAUUUUUGUCGUUGCCUCUCUUUUAUCUGUGAUUGCGACACACACAUCUAGUCUUUGGACUCUGUAGUAGCAUUUUUGACGAGAUUACAAGUUACACUUUGUCAGUUCAUUAUACGCUCGAGCAUACUAUAAGCUCUCUUGUCUUGAUGUAAAAACAGAACUGCUCUUUGGAACAAAGCUCGCUGGCAAUUGAGAAGAGAUCUGGUGUUUCAUUUAUCUUGCCACGCCCACAAUUUGAAUGAUUUCGUAACCUCUUAGCACAAUUUACGAUGCAUUAGAACUUCACACUAAAAAACGAUAUUUUACACUGUUAAGAGUUGCAAGUUAUGAUAGCAUGAUGGUCGAGACAGAUAUAGAUUUUUGGUCUGGUAUUCCAGUGUUUUCAGUAACGCGUAAUAGUGAUUCUGUGAUGGAAUACAGUAUGAGUGUGCUACAGAAAUAUGGAAAUAAAAUGGAUGUAUCUGUUGGCACAUGCCAUACAUUCACCGUUAAAUGCCAGGAGUUAUAUUUAUUAUCUAUCAUAAACUU